AACAUCCACAUAUAUAUAUAUAUAUAUAUAUAUAUAUAUAUCAAAUUUUGAAGAAACGUUUUUUAAAUAAAAUAAAAAAUAAUAAUAACAUAAUAGACUUUGAAUUUUCAACUACUAUUCUAUUUGUAUUUCUUAUAUAUUUAUUUUUUUAAAUUAUUUUUAGAUAUUUGCAAUGAUGGAUAAUUGUUCUGAUGUUUUCAUUGACAUUGUAUAGUGGCAUUCUGUAAAAUCUAUCUAAUUCUUAAAAACAGUUAGCAAACACACUGGGAUUGCUUAAUUAGCAGUACGUUUUGCUAAAAAGAAACAAGGGAGCAUCUCCGUUAGUUUGACAGCAUUUUAGCACAAAACAUUUAGUGCAAAUUGAUAAACUUAGCAUUGCUAACUCUUAUUAAAUAGCGAAUCAGUUUUACAGGAAGCCGUAAAAUAGCAACAAAUAUAGCUUGUGCAAGUUACUUGCCUGAGACGUUGACCACGAGGUUCAACCAUGCAUUGACGAAUAAGUUUUAUCUGCAUAGCUUAACUGCUUAAGUCAUGUUCAACCAGUGACGAAUAAGUUUUAUUGGUAGAUAAGAACUUGUUGAGAGGAUGCUACACUAUAUAAAGAGAGAAAAGGCUUUGAUUUACUUUUAAUGCUUCUAAAACAAAAACACAUUUUAGGGUUCGAACUUGGUAACGUUGUAACAAAAGAUCUGUUAUUUUAAAUAAAAGAUAUAUAUUCAUUGAUAUACAACAAAUUUUAUCCAUUAAACUGAUGUCUUUCACUUACACAAUUACUCACCACUUUCCAAAUGUUAGUUAUCGUCCAGUUAUGAAGGAUAUAUAAGAACCAAAAUAAAAGUCAUAGAAGACGUCACUCUUCAUAGCGUGAUGAUGUUACAGUUUCAUAUUAUGAUGAGUUUGAAAAUAAUUGUAUGCUUAAAAUUAACAAGCAAGUAGAGAUUUGCAUCAUAUACAAUUAACAACAUAAUAGAGAUCCAUCCAUAAGCAUGCAUAUACAACAAGUACUAUGCUAAGAAGCACUUGAGUAAAAAAAAAGCAAGAAUAACUCCUACAUGGUUUGUCAUGUAAUGGAAAUAAGAAUGAAGCUGUACAUGUUUAAGCUGCUUGGGAGUUUUAAAAUUUUUAACCUAAAUAUCGUUGUAGUAUUAACAUCAAAAGGUCUGAAACUUCCAAGGCAUAAUCAUCGAUUAAUACUCCAUAGUUAUCUACAUCACAAGACAAGCUAUAUAUGUAAAAUGGAUUCACCUUUGAUGAACAAAGCUUGUAUACGUACUUGCUAACUCUUUUGAAGGAACGUACAUAUACUAAAGGGGAUCCGCUACAGAACAUCAUAUCAAACAAGGAGAGCAUGUGAAGAUUCGACCCAUAUCAAUGCUCUAGUUCUCAACCGCUUGAGACGGUGUGAAUGAGGUUUCAACCAGCGAAGCCUCUACGCAAGGUCACAAGCCAAUGGUUUAGAGGUAGAUAAGUAGCCGUAGGCUAUAUAAAGUUAAGAACUUUGUUGAGAGAGAACGAACAAAAACAACAUGUGCAUAUUCUACCACCAUCCCAGGUAUUUUUUCACUCACCUGAGACUUGUGUUUCAACAUUUUUCUAAUUAAUACAUUAAAGUAAGGAAGUUUAAGUUAAAAAUGUUAUUUACAAAUUUGUAUUGAAAUAUAAAAUGAUACUUUUGUGAAACAAAAUUAAAAUCUUAAAAUAUCAUUUUUGUAAAAUGGAAAGAGAUUUUACAAUCUUGGUAUGUUGACUCUAAUUCUGCAAUAAUGACUAAAGACUUUUAAAAUAUAGUAGUUGCCAAAUAAUUAGUCAAAUAUGCAUAUUAAUUAGUCAAUACAUUCUCUUUAUGUACAUUAAAUGUUUUCAACUAAUAUAAAAUCCUUCUAUACAUAUACUUUUUCCUAUAAAUAUACUGUGCACGACCAUGGUUAUUAAGACACAAACCUAAAAAAACUAUCAGAAACCAAACACCCUAGUUCCUAAACAAUGAAACAUACAAAGGGAAAGCAAAAGAUCGAGAUGAAAAAAGUUGAAUCCUACAAAGCCAGAAGGACUACUUUUUACAAACGUAAAGCUGGGAUUUUUAAGAAGAUGAACGAGAUCAUUGCAGAAUGCGGUGUGGAAGCAUCUUUCUUGGUGUUCCCUGAAUCCGGAUAUCCUCGUACAUUCGCACACCCGUCUAUGGAAGAUGCUGUUGAUCGAGUAAAGUGCUCUUUGGGACAUGAACCAUCUGGGAAAGACGAUGCCAGUAUUGGAUCACUAGUGGAAGCUCAUAAGAAGCGAAAGAAUGAGGAGCUCGCGAAAAAAUUGUGUGAUCUCCAUGAGGAGCUAAAAAUGGCGGAGGAGAAGGAAAAGAAGAUGGUGGAGAAAAAGAAAAUUAAGGAAUUGAAAAAUGAGUGGCCGAAUACUCUAAAUGAAGGCGUGAACAAGGAUGAGUUGAAGCGGGUGCACCAAGCCUUUGUGGAGUUAAGUUAUAGCUUAUCAGGUAAGGCUUUACAGAGGUUGGGAAAAAAUGGUGAUGGUUCGUCUUCUGCUCUUGCAGAACGUGGAUAUUGUGAUGGUGGCGAAGCAGGAGCGGGUGAACAAACUUGAUUUAAUCUAAUUCAGUUGUUGCAAAAAAAAAAAAAAAUCUAAUCCAAUUUGAAUUUCUGUUUAUGUUAUUUUUGAAUUUGAAUUUGAAUUUGAAUUUCUGUUUUUAUCUAAUCCAAUUUGAAUUUCUGUUUAUGUUAUUUUUGAAUUUGAAUUUGAAUUUCUGUUUUUAUCUAAUCCAAUUUGAAUCUCUGUUUUUAUGUUAUUUUCCUUUGUCGUUGUCUUAAUAGAUCUUGUUAUAUAAUUGGUGUAAUUAAUCAUGGACUAUUCAUC